GCAGCGACCAGCGGAGCAUGUGCAAGCCCAUCUGCCUUGACAUGGGCGCGAGUGGCCCGACGUUGGACAACUCUUGCGACCCCGAAACCCUCACGUACGGUUGUGUCUGCAGCGACGGCAAGCAGCCUAACGUGUCCGAGUACACCCUGACGUUGCCGUACUACGUGUGCAUGGCCUGGGGCGAGCAGUGCGUGGAGGGGUGCGGCGACGACAACCAGUGCCAGUCGGACUGCCGGGAGAAGCACCCCUGCGGUGCCCAGAGCCCCAAGAAGGCCAAUACGACGCAGACGUCCUCGUCCACCACGGCUUCCGCCACCGCCGCCCCGACCGACCAGGUCUUCGACGGCCUCGGCGACGGCUCGGACGACUCGGACUCGGAUAGUAGCAACAAGGGCAAUGCGGCCGGCGCCCUGCGCCUCGGCGACUCGUAUGGAGUUGCCCUCCUGGCCGGUAGCCUGUUUGCUGGCUUUGCCCUGGUGCUCUAGAUGGUUUCAAUCUAGGCGACAGCGAGAAUCGGUAGAUGGAAGUCGGGAAGUUGGUGCGAAGUCAAAGGACUGGUUGUUGGUCUUAAUAAAGGCGGGCCGAGAAAACCUGGAUCUGCCCAACAGGUCCUGUGGUGGGAAGUGGUUGGUUCCUUGGCAGCGGCGUGCCCCACGAUUAUACAGAUAGGAGGGGAAAGUAUAGGUUAUGGCUAAUUUCCUGUUUGAAACAGACUCAGACCAGAGAGUUUUGUGUAGUAAUACUAAGGAUUACAGC